AUGUUCCACGACCGACCGCCUCGGCGUCGAAGGACUUCUCGGUCCAAGAGCGGCGGCGGGGCAGGGAUGGCGGCGGCGGCGGUGGGAGGACGGGGAGCGAGGAAACGGGGCGGCGGCCUCGGCGGCGGUCGCGCUGUGCUCGACGUGGCCCUGCCAGAUGUGCAGGGCCUGAGUCUGGCGGCAUCGACCAGCGGCUCAUCAUCUCGCAAAGACAGCAGUGACGACGACGGGGACGACGAUGACAGUGGGUACGAUGACCGAGAUCGAGGUAUCUCGGCCAGCCGAGAGCGGUGGACGAAGGAGUGGAAUCGAGCCAUCGGCGCCGGCGACGACGAUGACGGUCCCGGGCCGGCAAGAGCAGGAGGUGAUCGGCGGCACGGACACCAAGAGGACGCCGCUGCUGCUUCUGUAGCGGUGGGGAUGGAGACCCCCUCCACGUCGUUGACGAGAAGGAAGAGAAGGAGUAAGAGGAGGGCGGCACCAUCACGGGUGACCGUUCUGGAAAACGAAGAUGGCGGCAGACUUCUUGCAGCCGCAGCAGCAGCAGCAGGAGAAGGGCGGCAUGGGGGGUUGGGUAGCACGCAGCAAAUGCAGUAUGGGUUUGAGACGAUCGGGCGCGGGCGGGGCCCAGUGGACGAGGAGGAGGAGAAGGAGGAGGAGGAGGAACAAGAGAGCGGGUACGGGGGGUCCUCCGAAGGAACAUUUGAACCUGGGGGGGGCAGGUGGGGUGGGGUGGGUGGAAGCCAAGGCCGUUAUCGUGACGAAGAAGAGAAGGGGGAAGAGGAGGAUGAGGAGGAAGAGGACGACAGCUCGGAAACAGGAAGCGAGGGCGUGGGCGUGAGCGGGCUGCCGAUCGGCGAGGCUAGCCUGUCCUCUGGGGACGAGAGGAUCUGGAGAACCGCUGGUAGCAGAGCUUGAAGGAAGCCGCGGCGGAUGUAUAAGUAAAAAAACGUUAGUCGUGUAUUUGAAUACAGCAGUGAGUGAGGGUUGAUGGAAAAGGGACCCAAUCCUUGCGGGACAGCCAUAAACCAACAACACCACACCGGAUAACACACUUUCAUGUGUGCCACACAAACCACGCAACCGUUUGGAUGGUAUGGGUGCAUUUUUACUGUGUCGGCAAGGAAGGUUAGUCAGGAUUUGUUGUGUCUUUGCACUCCGUUCGUGUCUAUUUAUUUAGUGGUUGGUUUAAGACCAAAGUAUUCUGUGGGUUGGGGAGUAAGGGAAGAUCUAUAAGAGCAUUAUUUCUGUAGCAUUUGGAUUUCCGUGUAUCUAAUAUUGUUGUAGCUUAGGCUUUGUGCCCCCAAGCGCAGAGAAGCAACCGAAUCGAGGUGACGUACAAUAGUAUUUACAACGUGGUCAGCUCUGGUGCCGUUAGCGCCAAGCAUGCUUGUUGCUGCCUGCAGCAGUCUCCCGUCCAUGGUAUUUUUCUCAUUUUGCGAGGAUAUCACGCG